AUGUCACAGAUCGAGCCGCUAAGUCCAGCAGUCCCUCAGGAUGAGGUCGAUCGCCUUUGGAGGAAGCUCGAAGAUACACGCAUCCCCAAAGAUCCUAUCGUUCCUGACGCCGGCGAAGAUUAUGGCCCGUCCAUUGAAUGGAUCCAUAAGCUCUACAACAUCUGGCUAAACGACUACAACUGGCCCACCGCCGCCGAGAAGAUCAACUCAUGGCACCACUACACCACCGAGCUCGAAGGCCUCCGCAUCCACUUCGUGCACGAACGCGCAGAUACUUCGUCGUCCUCUAAGCCCGUUAUUCCCCUUCUUCUAGUGCACGGCUGGCCGGGCAGCUUCUACGAGUUCUCCCGCGUCAUUGGACCGCUCACAAACCCAUCGUCGACGUCUGAUCCAGCUUUCGAUGUUGUCGUUCCUUCCCUGCCAGGCUACUGCUGGUCGCAGGGGCCCCCACGAGGCUUCACGCUGCAAGACACUGCCCGCAUAUUCGACCAGCUCAUGAAGCGGCUUGGAUACGGUAGGUACGUUGCCCAGGGCGGAGACUGGGGCCACUGGGUAGUGCGGGAGCUCGGAGCACGGUACAGCGACUCCUGCGUCGCCCUGCACACAAACUUAUGUCCGACCGCGCCGCCCCCAGGCGAGGAGCCAAACGAGCAAGAGAGAAUCAGUGAAGGACGCAUGAAGUGGUUCACCGGUGAGCCCGGUAACGAGACCCACAUGGCGUAUGCCAUCGCGAUGCGGACGCGUCCGCAGACCAUAGGCGUGGCGUUCUCAGACAACCCCGUCGGCAUCAUGAUGUGGGUUGGGGAGAAGUACAACGAGAUCACGGACCCGUCUCUCAAGGACUUGCAGAACAAACGCUUCAAUCAUGAUGUUCUUACUACGAUCUGUUUGUACUACUUCACCAGCCCCAGUAUCAUGACGAGUAUGCUGUCGUAUUACAACAACGUGCGGCAUGAAGAGUAUGUCGAGUUUGACACAAAAGAGGAAAACUACAUCAAGGCUCCGUUCGCGUUCUCGAGUUUCAGAUGGGAUAUCGGACCUACGAGCGAGCGGGCGGUCGCGAGGACGGGCAAUCUGAAGUGGUACAAAUGGAGGGACUAUGGCGGGCACUUCGCUGCAUUGGAAACCCCCGAUGAGCUCGUGUCUGAUCUUCGAGAAUUCUUUCCUCAGUGGUAUGGCCAGUGA